AUGGCCUUACUACCUCCGCACCGCACACCGUCAAGGCAGCAACAACACCAGCAGGCAUUGCCUACCGCCGUGAAUGAUUAUAUCUACUAUGGCCACUACAUCGAAUAUGUUUCUGUACUCUCUUUCGCUCCACCCUCCCACGGCGAUUUCACAGGCCAUCGUCGGUCAUUUCUCUGGGACCAAGGAGCAGCAAAUUCUCACGGUAUCUGGCUCAAUUCUGAGCCUCUGUCGUCCCGACCCGACCGAGGGCAAGGUAACGAGGUUGCGACAUCUGAGCUACCAGGGACAGUCUCUGGUGUCUGGGCCACGAAAUUGACGCGACAAGACAAGUGCGACGCAUAUAUCAUCUUGACCUCAUCCGAUAACACGUUCGUCAUGAGUGUCGGAGAUGAAGUCCAGCAAGUGAGUGAUUCCGGCUUUCUCACCUCUGUGACCACCCUCGCCGUACAGCAAAUCGGGGACGACGGGCUAGUACAAAUACACCCUAAAGGGAUACGACAUAUCCGUGCCGGGGAAAUCAACGAUUGGCCUAUCCCCCAACAUCGAAGUAUUGUUGCUGUUGCUACAAAUGAGCAACAGAUCGUAGUAGCGUUGAGCUCUGGGGAAGUUGUCUAUUUCGAAGUAGACAGAGAUGGAUCGCUUGCUGAGUACAACGACAAGAAAAGCUUGUCUAGCACAGUAACGUGUCUCAGCUUGGGGCCGGUCCCUGAAGGGCAGAUCCGAAGCCCCGUAUUGGCGGUAGGGUGCGAAGAUUGUACAGUUCGAAUCCUAAGCCUAGACCCAAAUUCCACUCUCGAGAGCAAGUCUAUACAAGUCCUGACUGCGGCACCCUCGUCGUUAAGCAUCAUAGCGAUGGAAGACCCCUUAUCCAGUAGCACAGGACUGUACCUGCACAUAGGCCUCAGCUCUGGCGUCUAUUUGCGAACCAGACUAGAUGAAAUCACAGGAGAGCUAUCAGACACGCAGACGAGAUUUCUGGGUCUCAUGGCUAUUAAGCUCUUCCAGGUCAGAGUCAAAGGGCAAAGCUGCGUUUUGGCCCUUAGCUCUAAACCUUGGCUGGGGUAUACCGACCCUAAAAGAGGAUUCACCAUGACGCCUCUUGAUUGCGAUGAGCUAGAGUCGGCAUGUAACUUUAGCAGUGAACAGUGCGAGGAGGGCGUCAUCCUGAUUGGCGCUAACUUCCUUCGCCGUACGGGCAGUCUCGCUCAUUGCGUUGCUAACCUAGCCUUUAGCAUAUUCUCCAUUGAGAAUCUAUCUGAUAACAUGGUCCGAAGAUCUCUACCUCUGACCUAUACACCCCGGCAUUUGGUUAAGCACCCUCACGAGCCUUACUUCUACACAAUCGAAGCGGAAAACAACGCGCUGAAUCCUGAACUGCGCACACAGCUACUGGCGGCAGCUAAAAGCCAAGCUAACGGAGAUACCAAACUACUCCCACCGGAUCCGUUUGGUUAUCCGCGUGGUCAUGGCUGA